GUAAAGUGUAUAUUAAGAUGUGUUACACAGGUAUCGAAGGCACUUUAAAUUUUAGGUAACAACCUCAAAAUACUCUUCUUUUCUAGUCUUUUGUCUCAACUUUCAGCUGUCAAAAUUUGUCAUUUGCCAAGACCAUCCCUAGCUGCAUUAAUCUUAGAUGCGUGAAAAGUGCGGGGAAGAAAGCAUUUUGACAGAUUGGCUUAGCCUUAUUGGCGACUUUAUCUUAAUGGACCACAGUUGUUGGGUCUCUUCUCUCGCUCAGGCCCACACGAUACAGGAGUUGCGGAAUCGGGGAGUCGGAGACUCUGGGUGCAGUAAAAAUGGUAAAAGUGGUAAAGAUAAGCCGUCCUAUCACCCAAGGCCUCCGUGCGUCCCUCUCACCCCAAGUUCUUACUUGUUUAACACCGACAACAAGCCCUCUAAGAUGCGUUUAUUGAUGGAAACAAGAAAUAUACCAUCUACGACCCAAAAUGCCUAGUUCCAACCCCUCGAAAUCCUCGCAAUCUUCUCCUUCAACAACUCGAACCCCUCGAACCCGAACAGGCUGUUGGGCCUGUCGAGAUCGAAGCGUUAAAUGCGAUGAAGCUAGACCGCGUUGCCGGAGAUGCCAAAAGACGAAUCUAACUUGCCACUAUGGUAUUCGCCUCCAGUGGCUUGAAGAUUCGGUCGCUCGUGGCAUUCGUCACGGUCGCCAGGGAGUAUGGCGCCCAAAACAGAAAGAUGCCACCCGAGACGCAUGCACGCCUACAGCACUUUUGGAGGGACGUUUUGAAGAAUCGCCAGGCUCGGCAAAGUAUCGCGCUAGAUCUAAAGGCGUUGUGUACUUCUUGAACACCUUCUCGAGGGAUAUCCAAUUGUACUGGAAUUCGCAAGGUUUCAGAGACAUUCUUACUGAUAUAGCUCUACUUGAGGAUGACCAUGCAGAGGAAGACGAUAGUAUUGACCAGUUGUUAGUAGCUCAAGCUAGCGUUGAAGAACACUAUAAGCCUCAUUUAGUUCAAUAUUGCGGCGGAUCCCGCACAUUCCCCUGGAAGUUGGCAACACCCGUCGGAAGAAGCAUUAGUUUCACGCAUCAACUAGCCAGAUUCGAUGAGUUUAUACCCCGGUAUUAUACUGAAGUCGUCUGCGCUAACGCUUCCCUGGUUGAUGCCCGGCACCAUAACCCAUUUCGUUAUCAUAUUGUUCCAAUGGCAUCACAUUCUAGUACUGUGUUUUCUGCUAUGUUAGCAGUGAGUGCCAUCAAAAUGGCGGCAAAAGAUCCUAAAUUUCAUCGUAGAGCUUUGGUGCAUCGUCACCGGGUGCUGGUGGACGUUAAACGUCUCCUGGAAAGCGACCAUAUCGAUACAGCCAAAUGUCUUGAGGCCCUCGUAUCUGUUGUUAUGCUAUGUUGGUAUGAUAUUAGCGACAAUUGCAAAUCAACUUGGAUCAGUCACCUUGUAGGCAUAUUCGGACUCUUGGAUGUCUGUCUGGAACAAAAUAUCCGUUCCGCCGAUUACGAAGGGAUACUGCACUUCAGCCAGCAAUACCUAAUGUAUCACUUAAUUAUGGCCAAAAGCACCCUCCACGUUGAUGAUGUGAUACCAUCAUAUAAACAUAUCCUAUCGAGGCUCCUAGGAAGUCCGGCAACUACACAUAAGGGGUGCAACAACACGAAUUACGCGGGCGUGGAAGUGCCCCAUAAUGCAGCGUCACAAACUAUGUCGUCCAGUUAUGGAAAUGGGGAGUCCACGACACAGCUAGGUUUCCGCCUCGUAGGUCCUAGCUUUAACGAUGAGCUGGACAAAAUUGAUACCCAUCAAGGGUUUAGUAACCGCCUGCUUCUUAUUAUUAACGACAUAUGCGACCUGCGUGAUGCUCAGAACUCCGAUGAGUCAAACCACCAAGAUGCCGAUACGGAAGCAUUGGAACGUAGGGUGAUUGAAAUUCAGUCCAAGCUUGAUACCCUUACACAGGUGCCGCCGGAAAACAUCCACCAAGUUUUGGCGGCUGGUAUGGAUUGUGAUGCUCGGCUCGAACCUGAAAAACUCCGACUCAAGUUAGAAUUUAUUACGAUGACAGCAGACUCGAACAGGCUAGCUGCACUUCUUUUCCUUGACGAAACCUGCGCUACCCAUCUCCCUCAUAUUGUUCCGCGAUGCCGAAAGAGUCGUUCUGUCAUCAUCCAGAAAAUCCUUUCCUAUGUCAAAAACAUCUGCGAGACAGGACCUAUUACUGCCGCCCUCCCUAUUUGGCCAGUAUUUGUGGCUGGAUGCAUGGCCUCUACUGAUGAUGACCGCCUGCAAGUGAUGGAGAUAUUCGACAAGUUUCUAAGUGAAGAGAAAUUCGGAAGCCUACCACCAGCGCUUACAGUCAUUCAGAUGGUCUGGCGCCAACGUGACCUAGGAUGCGACGAAAACCCGCGAAAGAUACUUUUCGUAUCACCUAGUGAUUCUGUCAGGAGUUAUGUUGGUAAGGAUCGUGGUCCCACAUCGCCUACGAGUCGUAGGCAGCGAACACGAUAUCCUUGGGAGCGUGCGAUUUCUAUGCUGGGAGGCUCAUCAUUACUGAGCCUUACAUAAUUGUGUGAUUUAUGCGGAAAUUUAAAGGGUUUAUGUCGCCGCUGAAAUGAUGGAAUAGUUUGGAAUUUCGCCGUACGACUUCGGCAUGGCAUGGGAUGGGUUUAUACUGGCUUGUUUUUCCUUUGGCCCGCCAAUUUAUCCAUUGAUUUUUAGCGACCUAAACAUUUCGGUUAGCUAACUCGAGGCAGAUAUAAAAGCGGGUUU